AAAAAUUUGAAAUACAGUAGCCCAAUUCGUAACACUGAAGGAAAUUGAAGGAAAUUGAACCCCCCCUCUUUCUUCCCCCAAUUCGUAACACUAUGAGAGUGAGACCUCUGAAGGAAAUUGAAACUGCAAAACCCUAGCCCCUUAUUGUUGCCGCCGUCCCAAGCUUUUGAGCGCCGCCGCCGUCCCAAGCUCCUCAACGCCGACGCCGUCCCCAGGUCUUCAGUGUCGUCGCUUCUUCCUCUUCCUUGUCUUGGAAAACCCAGAAAGCUUAGCACGUCUUCUUCAUCUUCGUUGGCUUCUCUGUUCGUGGCUUGGAGUAGCACGCCAUCGGGUCGCCGCUUGCCGUCGUCUCGCCUAUCUCGUUGUCUCGCUGGUUGCCAUCCGUCGAAGGUAUGAUGCAGUUUGAGACCUGUGAUGCAGUUUCUCUGGACCAAUAUCACUGAUGAUCAAUCAUAGGUUAUUUCUGACAAAAAUCGUGAAAAUAGAUCCAAACAAAAAUGGAAUCAUCGAAUGGAUCCAAUUAGUUUUGAAUUUACGCGCUAAACUGCGUGCAAAAAAAGAGGACAAUGAAGAUCCAUCACAGUCUGAGAUGUUUGUUGUAACUCGUACUAACAAGAAAGGAGAGACUGAUUUGGGAACACAAGAGACGAUUGAUCAUCUUCAAAAUUGGAAGCAAGCUGGAUACAGUGAUGAUGAAGCACUUCAAACGGUUUUUGGAAAGGAGAGACAUGGUAGAGUUCGUUUCUAUGGUCGAUCAGUCACAAAAUCCUCUAUUAAAAAGGAUAAGCAAAUCCGACAAAUGCAACAACAACAUACUGAAGUGGUUUCAACUAUCGAGAAAAAUCAAAAUAACUUAACUUCCAAGUUGGAUGGUUUAACGAGCUUGGUCAAAAUGUUGUUGCAACAAGUUAAUCCUGGUAUGAGUGCGGAACAAGUGCAAGUAAUGAUAGAAGCUGCCCAACAAUCUCCGCCUGAUGCAAGUAGUACACCAAAUGAUGCGAGGCGAAGCAUUUCUCCUUCACUGGGAUCGAACCAUGUGUCAAAAAAUAUGGAACAAGAGGACAUGUGUGAAGAAAAUAUGUUCUAUACAAAUAUAAGAUGGGAUGGGUCUUAUAAUGAUUUUGGUUAUCUAAAUGUAUUAUUUUGAUGUGUUCUUUACAUUUUGAUAAGAGACUUUAUCCGAUAUUACAUGUAAUGGAUAAAUUACACCCUAUUUUGAUUAAUGUUGUAAUGGAUAUCUAGUUUUUAAUGAAACUUUUAUGAUUUAUAUUUAUUG